AUGCCCACAGGUGACGCAUAUGUCGUGGAAAUCAACAUAAAAUCUGCUUCGAAUGUGAUUAAAGUCCUCGAUUCUGCCUUUCCUCGGGAUCAACCUCGCUCUUUUCAGCAUCUCCGCCGAUUUGCCAAACGUACUCAAUUACCGGAAAGCCUUCAGGAGGCGUUUAUCGUGGCCGAAGAUCAUCCUGCGCAGACAAUCUACGUCUUGAUCCCCCCGCCGUUACCGGAAGUGGACCUUCUCAAUACAUUGCUCCAUCCCUUCGCACCUUUACCUGCCUCGCCACCGGAGGAACGUACAAAAGAUGUAUACUUAACUCAGCGGUCCGGCACCCCGGCUUCUAUCCGCCUACAUACAACUCGCAUUCCUCUCCAGCCUCCCUUGAAUCAACAUCAAGCGGAUGUAUGGACAAAAAGUCUCUGGCCAGUGACUUUCAACCCUGCUACGCCCAGAGCCCUCAUCGCACCACCUCCGAAGGUUCUGAACCAGACCCAAGAAUCAAUACGGCCUUUGGCCGGACAUUAUCUGGCCGUCGCUCGGCAAGUCGCAGAGGAAGCAGCUAGAUCUGGGCUGGGCCGAGGAGUAGGUGCUGUCGUGGUUGACCCCAGUAUUGAGAACGGUGUGGGCACAGCCGAUGGAGACAAUGACGAUGGCUGGAUGCAGGCCAUCGUCGCAGUGGCAGGAGACGCAAGAUACUCUCGUCGAGAAGGAAGCAGACCAUCACAAGCAGAACAGUAUCCGGGCAUUGGCCCCAACCCAGCCAGUAAAACCUACAAUGCAGAUUUAGAAGGCGGGCCAGAACUCCACGCUUUGAUGCGGGCUGCUGAUAUGGUCGCUCGCCGACGCCGAGAAGGGUGUAAAGAUAAAGAUCUCCCCGAGUCAUCCUCCCUGAGUCCUCUUGAAUCACACUUUUUGUAUCCACUCGCAGAAGGGGUAGAAGCAGCAUCAGCUCAGAACGAGUCAUCACCAGGAGAAAAGAGAAAAAGACCAUCUUCAGAUUCAGACCCGUCAGAUAUCCACGCUUCCGAACCAUUACAGUCCGAACAACUCGUUACCUCGCGCAUCCGCACCCGCGCACAGGGUGGUUACCUCUGCACCGAUCUGGACAUCUACAUCACACACGAACCCUGCCUCUGUUGUUCAAUGGGCAUGGUCCUCUCGCGAUUCCGUGCCGUGAUAUUCCCCCGUCAAGGACGGAUGGUUACGGGUGGGAUUGCCUCUGAACCCGUUGUCUCUCCUAUCCCCCCACCAUCUGCACCAGAAGCAGAAUCUACUACUACUACUACUACUACUGAUGCGCAGGAGCCUGAACGUGAACAUGAAUCCGAAAGUCAAGAAAAACCCCCCGAGUCUUUUCUUCGAGAACGUCGAAAUUACUAUGGAUUACACUGGAGAAAGGAAUUGAAUUGGCGGGCUCUCGCGUUCGAAUUCGUUGAGGAUCCUCCUCCCUCCACGACAAAAGAAGAGUCACUAGAGGAAGGACAAGUUGGAAAAGUCGACUUCCAUGCCUAA